AUGGCGCUGCCAGAGUAUCAAGAUGAAGUCUUGAUCACGCUCAAGAGCGUGAACCCUCCCCCCGGAUUCGCUUUCAAGGAACGACGUAUUUUCCUCAGUAGACAAAACCCAACGAUGAAAAUCGGCCGUGCGAGCAAAAAGAAAUCAUCCCUUGAAGCUACAAAGUGCAAUGCAUGGUUUGACUCACCAGUCAUGUCCCGAGAGCAUGCAGUCUUGAUAUUUGACGCCAAAACCCAGAAAGUUUAUAUCGAGGACAUAAAGUCUCUUCACGGUACAUAUAAGAACGGUGUCCUCCUUGAAAAGAAGGCGAAAGCCGAAAUUUCUUCUGGAGACAAACUUAUGUUCGGGAUUCCUAUCAUGAGAGGCAUGGAAAGCUAUCCACCAACCACCUUUGAAACCAUCCUCAAGUACGGAUCUAUCGAUCCCGAAAGUCGCGGAAAUUGUUUCCGUGUACCCGACGAGAGCGACGUGGAAGAAGCAAUGAGCUCAGACGACGACCAAGUCUCAAACAGCUGCAAAAUGCUAUAUUCGAAGAACGUCCGGCCUGCUCCUUUUCUCUGCCCAUCUUCCAGUCGGUCCCCGAUCGAUCUGACAUGCGAAGACCAGGCUCCUUUGUCCGAUGCGAGGGACGAUACGCUUCCUGUACCCGCAUCAACGGAGCCUUCCCUUUUUCUGGUUGAUGACUCGGAGCAUGACUCUUGCAUAGAGGACGAAAUGGAAGACGAGAAUGAGAUGCAGGACGAUUCGUCUGUUCAUGACUCUGACAACCAGGAUGAAUCAAUGGAAGACGAGUGGUUUGAAGAGCAUGAUGAGUUCGAGGAAGACGAGGAAGAGGACAACACCCACCUGGCUGAUGAUUUAACAACUACUCUGCUGAAUGGUAGCGCAGAGGAAACCUCUGCCGAACCCCAUUUGGCCAGUAACACCUCAACCAGUGAGGCCCAAAACGCAGACUCCGACAUUAGCGAACAGCCAAAGAUGGAUUCGUAUGUCAGUUCACAGAUGACCAGUUGUUCUGGGUCCAUCAACAAAAUUGACCCAGCCAAAACCUGGUCGAACAACAACCUUUGGAAUGUCGAUCUGCCGCCCAUGGAACUCCCUCCGAUUCGAGAAUCUGUCCAGCUGCCUGCGAUCACUGACUGGAGACCCCAGCUGUUCACUGGACAAACAAUGGAAAAUGCAGCCCAGAAAAUGGGACUGAAGACUGGGAAAGAAGAAUUCUUUGCCGCCAGGGAAAUUAACAAGAUUAAUGCGAAGGCUGGUCUUACAACAACUCAACCUGAGUACCCUGAGUACUGCCGCGACAUCCAACCCAACAUACCCGACCCACGUAAUGUUGCCGACAUACUCUCACGAAAGGUUACCGACAUAGUCUCUCGAACGGUCCAGGAAGAGGCUCAGGAAAUGGCUCAGGAAAAGGUUCAGGAAAUGGCCCAUGAAAAAGCCCGGGCUUCGGUUGACCAACUGGCUCCUGACUUGGCAACUUCUGGUACUCUAUUCCUCAACACUCCUGAACAAGGUCCGUUCCAGCCAUCCGGAGCUGGUACAGAGUCUGUCUUGGAUGAGACGUCAGCGUUCAGCUUCGAGAUGAGCAAGAAAGCUUCAGGAAUUGCUGAGCCUAUCGGUGAUACAAUCGACCAAACGACUUCGACCGAGAAGAACAGCAAGGAAGGAAGCAGUAUUCCAGCGGAUGCAGCGCUAACAUCUCCUGAAGUAAAUGCCGUCCAAGAGCCUCGCAAAGCCAAGAGAAAGGCUGACGACAUAUCUGAGCUCACCCAUCAAGAGCAGCGCUGGGAGUCUCCUCUUUACAUGAGCCCUCCACCAGUCUCAAGUCACCCCCAUAAACAAGCUUCAGACAGAGCCCUUCGUCCUCCACCCGCCAAACGCCUUCGCAAGAUGGCUGAGGUUGUUGGAUACGCUGCUCUUGGUGGUGUUGCUGUCAUGUCAGCGCUUAUUGCCACAGCGCCUACCCUUUAG